UCACACCCGCGGCUUGUUGCGGAGGAGGAGCGGGCGCCAUGGCGGUUUUGCUGGAGACAACUUUGGGCGACGUCGUCAUCGAUCUGUACACUGAGGAGCGGCCGCGCGCCUGCUUGAAUUUCCUGAAGUUGUGCAAAAUAAAGUAUUAUAAUUAUUGUCUUAUUCAUAAUGUACAGAGGGAUUUUAUCAUACAAACUGGUGAUCCUACAGGGACUGGUCGUGGAGGAGAGUCUGUUUUUGGUCAACUGUAUGGUGAUCAAGCAAGCUUUUUCGAGGCUGAAAAAGUGCCAAGAAUUAAGCACAAGAAGAAAGGCACCGUGUCCAUGGUGAACAAUGGCAGUGAUCAACAUGGAUCUCAGUUUCUUAUUACUACGGGAGAUAAUCUAGAUUACCUUGAUGGUGUUCAUACAGUGUUUGGUGAGGUGACAGAAGGCAUGGACAUAAUUAAGAAAAUUAAUGAGACCUUUGUUGACAAGGACUUUGUACCAUAUCAAGAUAUCAGGAUAAAUCAUACAGUGAUUUUAGAUGAUCCAUUUGAUGACCCUCCUGAUUUAUUAAUUCCUGAUCGAUCACCAGAACCUACGAGGGAACAGCUAGAUAGUGGUCGAAUAGGAGCAGAUGAAGAAAUUGAUGAUUUCAAAGGAAGAUCAGCUGAAGAAGUGGAAGAAAUAAAGGCGGAAAAAGAGGCCAAAACUCAAGCUAUUCUAUUAGAAAUGGUGGGAGACCUACCUGAUGCAGAUAUUAAACCUCCAGAAAAUGUGCUGUUUGUGUGUAAACUGAAUCCGGUGACCACUGAUGAAGAUCUGGAGAUAAUAUUCUCAAGAUUUGGACCAAUAAGAAGUUGUGAAGUUAUUCGGGAUUGGAAGACAGGAGAAUCCCUCUGUUAUGCUUUUAUUGAAUUUGAAAAGGAAGAAGAUUGUGAGAAAGCGUUCUUCAAAAUGGACAAUGUACUUAUAGAUGACAGAAGAAUACAUGUGGAUUUUAGCCAGUCUGUUGCAAAGGUUAAAUGGAAAGGAAAAGGUGGGAAAUAUACCAAGAGUGAUUUCAAGGAGUAUGAAAAAGAACAGGAUAAACCGUCUAAUUUAGUUUUGAAAGAUAAAGUAAAGCCCAAGCAGGAUGCAAAAUAUGAUCUUGUGCUAGAUGAGCAAGCAGAAGAUUCAAAAUCAAGUCAUUCACACACAAGUAAAAAACACAAGAAGAAAACUCGUCACUGCUCUGAAGAAAAAGAAGAUGAGGACUACAUGCCAAUCAGAAAUACCAACCAGGAUAUCUACAGGGAGAUGGGGUUUGGUCACUAUGAAGAAGAGGAAAGCUGUUGGGAGAAACAAAAGAGUGAAAAGAGAGACCGACCUCAAAACCGAAGUCGUAGCCGAUCUCGAGAAAGGGACGGCCACUACAGUAAUAGUCACAAAUCGAAAUACCAGACCGACCCCUAUGAAAGAGAACGGAGUAAAAAGAGAGACCGAAGUAGGAGUCCCAAGAAAUCCAAAGAUAAAGAAAAAUCUAAGUACAGAUGAAAAAUGAAGAAUCAGACCUGAGUGGCUAAUGUAUUUACUGUUGUCUAAUGUAGAACCUCAGAUAUUCAAAUUUUGUGUCAAAGCCCUUAAAGACUCUGCUCAUUUUUUUUUUUUUUCAUCCUAGGGUUAUGGCCCUUUUCAAUUGAUACUGAUUGUAUAGGGCACAGAAAGACUAUAAAGAACUGAACAUUUUUUGGGGUAUACUUUUUUACACUAAUUUUAUUGUUAUACAUAAACAGUAGUCUUCAUUUUUAAAGUCUUUCACAUUUCCCACUCUUCUUUUUUUUAAAUGAAAUAUUUCAUACUUAAAAAUUCACAGACAUGUAUAUAUAAGGUAUAAAGAAUAGUAAAUAUUUGUGUGCCCAUGAGCCAGCUUAAGAAAUAGAAGAUCACCUGCAUUUUAGAAACCCUCUUUGUGCUUUCUCCUCAAGUGAUGAUUAUUCUGAAUUUUGUAUUUGUCAUUCUCUUGCUUGUUACAGUUUUACAACAGUGUAUGUAUUAAAAAAUAAAAUGUUAAAUUUUGUAUGUUU